AUGGCGCAUCCACAAACAGCGUUCGCGCCGCAGCAGUCGGUGAGCGACUUUUCUGCGCUCAACAUCCUAUGGCUUCUUCACGCUGCCAUCGAGGCACCCGUUGCCUUCAUCGGUCUCUUCCUCACGCGCGGCCUCGCUUUCAAGGAUGAGAUCAACAACACCAUGAGCAUCAUCAUCAAGAUGUACGCAACGUUGGCAUUGGCGCUGUCGAUCGUCUGCCUGCUGCUGUACGGUCUGCCAGACUAUCUGCCAGGCAAGAGGGCUGCAGCCAUCCUGCUGUUGCUCUACCACGGUGUGGCGUCGUCGAUCCUGCUCAAUGCCGAGCCGUUUGUCGACUUUGUCUUCCCCGAGAUUCUCGCCAAGCAUGGCGUCCGCGUCGAAACGGUGUUCGGCGUCGCACACGGUAUCCUCUCGCUGCUCACCGUGUCGUGGUGGCAAGCCUCGUUGGGCUCGGUCAAGGCGCAGGGCGGUGCUCCCGGCCCCGCUGCCCCGGCCGGCCGCCCCAAGGGUUCGAAGCGCAAGUAG